AUGAUUAAACAAUUACUUUGUCAAGUAUUCUCUGCACAAUGUCAAUUAACAUAUCUUCGACUUGAUAUUAGCAAUGAUAGGACAGAUAGUAAUAUACAUGAAUGUUUAACAUCAAACUCGAAUCUCUCUUCUAAUUUAAUUCAAUAUCAACUUCAUUCUUGUUGUAUGACUCUUCGUCGUUUACAUAUUCGACUUAAUCAAACAUGUUUUUUUGAAAAUCUUAUUGAGCAUGUACCCAAUCUUGAACAAAUAUCAGUUGAGUUUGAUUUUUCAUUGGGUUCUUAUGCAUUAUGGCAAUCAAAUAUUGAACUCUUGAGACGAUCAAAUGGAAAUUGGUUUAAUAAAGUACCAAAUCUACGAUGUUUUAUUUUAAAAACUUUCAUUAACGAUGAUUUAGAAUUUGUUUAUUUAAAAUGGCUUCUCAAUAAUUUAAAUUAUGUUGAAAAACUUCAAGUUCAUCUGAGAAGUAAUAGAUUAAUCAAAACAGGAUGUCAAAAGAUAUUAAAAUCUUUUAUUGAUGCAAAUUUUAUUCGUCAAUAUUGUUUACCUGAUACAAUACCUAAUUUAGUUGAUUUCAAUUUUUAUAUUUGUUCAGAAUGUCAAUUAUCAUCUAAUGAUAUUGACAAAAUAACAAAUUCAUUUAAAAUUCAUCCUUUUUUUAUUUCACAUCGAUGGACAAAUGUUAAAUGUUUAUUUGAUCCAAUAAUGUCAUGUCAACAUCUUUUCUCUUCUUUUACUAAUACAUUUCAAUUUUCUAAUAAUUUUAUGUAA